CAAAUAAUAUCCUGUAAUAAAAGAUCGCUUAUUUAUUUGUGCAUUGCAGUAACUCUCAUUUUCAAAUGAUUGGAAUAAAUAUUUUGUAGAGUUGCAAAUUAAUCAAUUUAACUGUUUAAAUAAUCGUCGUACUCCCCUAUCUACUUAUCUAUGAUACUCCCUUAUUCAAACAGAUGUGCGCACUCGUAGGAAAACUGUCAACUAUGGACAAAUCCACCUUAGAUUUUUCGAACAUCCUAAAAACAAUAAACAAAAAAUUUGAAAUAAUUAACUGUUCCUGGAGCGAAGAAAAGGCUUUUGAAAUUAAAUUUCGUACAGAAAUGGAUAGAAAUAGUGACGACUACAACAUACUCUGUGAUAGUUGGGUGGAUAUCUUUUCAGAUGUCACAAAUACUGUAUGGGCUAAGAAAACAUCAAAUACUGGUCCUAAAGUGAAAUUUAGAAAACAAUAUCAGUGCUGGACACAUGGGGGAAAAGUAAUACAGAAGGAACUUCUGUUCGAUGCUAGGAAAUGCAAGGGAACUCUGGAUAUUAAAGUACUGAGUGAUGUCAAUCCUUCAUCCAGAAGAAAGAAUAAAUUUGUGAGAUUAGGACUGAAUGUUGUGGUGAAGAUUAAUUUUGUACAUUUACACAAAGUGAAUGUAACAGGCUCGUAUGCAUUCUUUGUUCACAACUGCAAACCUCAAACAGAAACUCUGAAACCAGUAGUUCUUAUUAAUGAAAAGCUACCUAAACUAGUAGCAGAAAUGGUUCAGAAGGGAUUGACUACCACUGCAAUUCAGGAUCAGUCAAAAAUUAAUUCAUUAAAUCAAAAAAGUAUAAUUCAGACCGACAGUUUGAGCAAUACACAAAAAUUGCAAGAGUUGAAAAGAACCAAAAAUCAACAAUCAGAAAUUUCUUCAAUUGAGUUGUGUCCAACUAUAACUGAAACAAAUCUUGAAAAACAUGAUUUAAUUCAAGAGGCCAUGCAAAUGGAUUCAGUACCAACAUUUCAAUUGAUACAGAAUAUACCUAUACAAAAUAUCAAUAAUGUCAAAUUGGAGUUUCAACCAGGUCUAGAACAGUUUGCUCAAAUUUUGGUCAGCGAUUCUAAUAUUAAUGAGCCCCUAAUAUGUCAACCACUCUUAUUUGACAACUUACAAUCAUUGCCCCAUUUUGUGCAAUUGAGUUCCCGUUCUCUUUGUAAUCAAAACCAGAGCCAGUUCCUACAGUAACAUUCAUUUAUUUUUGUAUAUCCUUCUUGUGUAUUUAUAGACUGAUGUGAUCAAGUAUUAUAAUUUAUUCAUAACUUAUAAAAUAUUUACACUCCUUCUAAUAAAUAAGUUCAUCUAAAACUGAUAUAUUUUCUCAAAUAGAAAAUGAAAUAAACCCAUACUUUGUGUAAUAUAACAGAAGAUAUGCCAAGAAAUACCUAAAUGAAGGUAAAAUCACUAGUUGUUUGUUGGCAAAUGUUUUUCUACCUUUUUUGCAUUAUCAAUAUACACAUUUGAACAUUGAAAAGCUUCAACAAAUCUGGAGAAAUUUACUCACUAUGCUGUUUCCAAUUUAAUAAUGUUGCCGAAGUUUCAUUCAGAGUUUAAAUUUGAUACUUCCAAUUUGGUAAUUUUAUUUUUAAUCAUUAUAUUAUUUUCACGUACAGGCUCAC